UGCAGGGGUAUGGCAAAUGAAACCAUCAUGUCAGGAGUUUCCUACUGUCACAUCAGUAACCAUGACGAGUUCUUAGAAGAUUCUGACCGCUAUGAAUCUAUUGUUGAGGAUCCUAAAGAGCUGUAUAUAGGCGGAAUCAACCUACUCUUCACACUGGUAGGCUCUUCAACAAACCUCCUCAUUAUAAUCUUCCUGCUCCGAAACAAGAACAUAAAGGACGUGCCGACCCUGCUGUUCGUGGUGCUCUGUACCACAGACUUCAUCAACUGCACCGUCCUCGGCACUUUCCAGAACCUCAUCAGUUUCCGGGCUAUUAAACUUACCAGCGUUGUCAACAAAUCCUUCUUCUUCUUCAAAGUCAUAUCCAUGAUGUACAAUGUUGUGAUGCGGUUCAGUUUGUUCCAGUUCACACUGAUGAGCGUGAGCAGGUGCAUGCUAGUGCGGAGUCCCUUCCGAGUCCUGAACAGACACGCGGUGUCCGCCUCCCUAGUGGGGUACCUCUUCCUCUGUGUGGUCAUGUUCGUGUUACCCUUCUGGCUGUGUGAUGACCCUCAUCUGGCUUACAAAGCUACCCUGAUCUUCCGCAUUGGCAGUGUAGAUGUGGCGGACCAAGUCAGCUUCAGAGCGGGCACAGUGGACCUGAAGAGCGGGAUCCUUAUCUUCACUUACGAGCUCAUCUCCACCUGCCUCCCUCUCAUCCCCACACUGGUCAGCUGCAUUCUCACCGGCCUCGAACUUCUGCGGAGGAAAGGAGGAGCAAGCCAGGAGGAAACUCCUUAUAUUAAGGAGAAGAGAGCAGGUGCUGUGACAGUUAUUCUCCUGACAAGUAGUACAGUCCUCUGUUUCCUCCCCAGAACCGUCCUAAUCCUCAGUUUCCUGUUCCAGGAGGUCACUCUGGGGGACAUCAUCAUGAACAGAUUCCAGGAGGAAGGCUGGAGAAUCAUGUACCUGCUCACUACCGGGCUGGCUAUUGCUAACAGCUGUGUCAACCCACUCAUCUUCAUUGUGAGGAGUCGGAACAUUAGGUGGUACUGGAGAGAUGUUCUCCGGGGGAUUAUAAAGGGUAAUGAGGUGCCGAACACGUUUGCAUGUCCGAACACUGUUCUCACUAAUAUCAUGUCCGAGGGGAAAGUUAAAGCGAAAACAAGGCCAACCAGUGCUACCACAUACUGUUAAUAUUUAGUCAUUUUGUUUGGUUAUUGCGUAGGUAGCGAUACUAAGUUAUUAUAAGGAGACUUCUGUUUAUGAUUUAAGAGUUAAAGGGUUUGCAAGUUACUUUCCGAAGGGAGCAUUAAAGCUUAAUAUACCAGCGCUCGAACGAAGACUGCUUUAUUUUCAUUUGUUUUAUUGAAUCUCUGUACUAUUUCUGAUUGUUUUUAAAAUCGUCGUAAACGAUUCCUUAAUUGCUGCUCAAUUUCAUUUAAGCUAGUUACUGUAUUAGUAGUAGGUAAAUGCUUCUUCUUU